AUGACAUUCCGUGGUCAUGAUGAAUCAAUAGAGUCUACAAAUCAAGAUAAUUUUCUUAUGCUCCUACGUUUUCUUGCUGGUCAUAAUGAUGAUAUAAAGAAGGUUGUCAUGAAUAAUACUCCGAGAAAUCAAAAAAUGAUAGCCUCUGAUAUUCAAAAAGAUCUUGUCCGUGCUUGUGCUAUGGAGACCACUAAUGCUAUUCUUCAUGAGGUAGGUGAUGAAUACUUUUCUAAAUUAGUUGAUGAAUCUCAUGAUAUAUCAGUCAAGGAACAAAUGGCCCUUGCUAUAAGAUUUGUCAAUUCAAAAGGAUGUGUGGUUGAACGGUUUAUUGGUAUUGUUCAUGUGAGAGACACCAAAGCUUCCUCAUUAAAGGCGGCUAUAGAAGUUUUGUUUUUGAAGCAUAAUUUGAGCUUGUCGAAAAUGCGAGCGCAAGGUUAUGAUGGAGCAAGUAACAUGAGAGUUGGAGCUUCAUGCAAUCACAAAGAUUUACUUCAGGAGAAGCAAAUAGAAAGACUUUUGGGAGCAUUUGAUUGUGGUGAACUCUCAACGGGCACAGGUUCUAAUCAAGAAAGAAGUCUUCAAAGAGCUGGUGAUACACGUUGGGGGUCUCAUUAUAGGUCACUGAUAAAUUUGUCGAUGGUGUUCACUCCAGUUAUUGAGGUUCUCCAAAUCGUUGAAGAAGAUGGUACUGCAGAACAAAGUGGUGACGCAUGUUUGUUAUUAGGUGUUGUGCCAACUUUUGAGUUUGCAUUCAUUUUGCACUUGAUGACGACAAUCUUGGCAAUCACGAAUCAACUAUCUUUGGCAUUGCAAAGGAAAGAUCAGGAUAUUGUGAAUGCGAUGGCCUUAGUUGAAGUAGCAAAACAACAUCUACAAGAUAUGCGGGAUGAAGGAUGGGAGUCUCUCAUCAGCGAAGUAUCUAUAUUUUGUGAGAAAAAUGAUAUUGAAAUCUUAGAUAUGAAGGACAUGUAUAAGACUCCUGGUCGAGGUCGUCCUCGAAGGAAAGGUGAAGUUUUGACGAACUUGAAUUAUUUCAGGUUUGAGCUUUUUAAUGGUGUGAUCAAUUGGCAACUUCAAGAACUCAACAAUCGCGUCAAUGGGGCUAACACAAAUUUGCUUCUUUGCGUGUCUUGCUUAAGCCCAAAGAGUUCCUUUGUUGCUUUUAACAAAUCCAAAUUGAUUGAACUUGCUCAUUGUUAUCCUUUGGAGUUCUCUGAAGUUAGUUUUCGGUUGCUUGACAAACAACUCGAGACUUAUAUUCCCGACAUGAGAUCACAUGAAGAGUUCUCAAAUCUUGAAAGUAUUGGAGAUCUUUCUCAAAGGUUAGUUGCUACAGGAAGACAUAUUGUCUAUCCAUUGGUCUAUUUGCUUGUGAAGUUGGCUUUGGUUCUACCUGUUGCGACCGCAUCAGUUGAGAGGUAUUUUUCGGCUAUGAAAAAUGUGAAAAGCCGUCUUCGUAAUAAGAUGGGAGACUCUUGGAUGAAUGAUUGUUUGGUUACAUAUAUUGAGAGAGAGAUAUUUUGUAAGAUUGAUGCUGAAAGAAUUUUUUAUAGUUUUCAAGUUAUGAGACCUCGUCGGGAACAAUUGUAA